UCUCUCUCUUCCUAAUCAACAACGAUUUAAUUCCUCCCUUUUUAUAAUAUUAAUAAUAAUUACUAAAUCCCAUUAUUAAUAAUAAUAUUAUUAUUAUUACCAUCAUUAACAAACAAUGGCGAUUAGUAGCAGCAACAAUAACACUGAUGGAACAUUGAGUGAUGAUGAAAUUGAAGUGGCCAAUGUUUUACUCGACUUACCGUAUCUGAUUACAAACACACUUCCCAGUUAUCGAUUUCCAUAUGAUUGGGGGUCAAAGAAGAGAAGAUCUGCGCUUGUUUUUCCUCCGUCGUAUUCGCCGCCGCGUUGUCGAAGAAAAGUGUCUGCUCAACUGCCGCCACCGGUUAAGGCUGAAGCUUCUAGUCCUAAUACUCCUUUGUCUUUCUCUCCUAGUGAGUCUGAUUCCAAGUCUGUUAUUGAUCUCGAUUUUAAGAAGAAAAAACAUCCUCCCUUGAAUUUGAGGAAGAAGGAAUUGGAAGAUAGCGUUAAGGAAAAAAUGGUUACACAGCAGCGUCUCAAAGAGUCCGUCGACAAGGUGAGGGAAUAUCGUAACUCGCUAAUGGUUGAAAAUUCAAUCUUGAAGGCUAGAAAGCACGAGCUAGUAAUGCCAGCAUGUACAACAACAACUCGAAUGGAACAGCAACAACACCAACAAAUAACAACUACAGCAGUCAAUGAUCGAGUACAUGCGAUUCCAUCUACAUCCAGUGAGUACCACCAUCAACCACCGUUGAUUCCAUCUUAUGAUCAACGACCACCGUUGAUUUCUCCUGUUUUUCAAUCAAACGGUGGUGGUGGUAGUAAUGAUUGGGUACAUGCGAGUCCACUUCAUCAUCAACUAAACACUGGUAAUAAUUGGGGUAUACAAUUCCAGCAAUAUCAUAAUCAAUCUCAACCGUUGAUUCUCAAUCAUCAUGGAAUGGUGAAUGAUCCAGUGAAUGCGGUUGCAGCGAGUGGUGCAAUGCAGAUGCAUUAUCCAGCACCGUUGAUUCCACAUCAUCAGAAUCAACGGUUGAUACCUGAUCUUAAUAUGGAGUACAAGGAUCAGGAUCAGGUUUGCAGAGAACGGAGAGCGGCUAGGCUUCACGCUAAUAAGGAGAAAAGGCCGCGUGUCAAUCCGGCAGUUAAGUAAUUUUAAUAAAAAAAAAAAAGAAAAAAAAAAGAGAGAAGAUAAUAUUUUUUUUGUAUUAUUUGAUACUCCGUAAUUACUAAUGAUGAGGAUUAGAAAGGGGUAAAAGUGUAAAUUUGGAGAGAUUGUAAGGGGUAGAAUUAGAAUAAGAAAAAAGAUUAACUUGAGUUGAAGAUAUUUUUGAAGUAAUGGGAGUUAAAGAAGGGAUUGUAGUUUCCUGUUGCUUGAA